AUGCCAACCAACAAUGAGAGCAAGUAUAUAAAAGAAGUGUGGGCCGAGAAUCUUGAAGAGGAAAUGGCUGUUCUUCGAGAUCUAGUAGAACAGUAUCCUUUCCUUGCAAUGGACACGGAAUUUCCUGGUGUGGUUGCUAGACCCAUUGGGAGUUUUCGAACUAGUUCCGAUUAUCAUUAUCAAACCCUUCGUUGUAAUGUCGAUUUGCUUAAAAUCAUCCAGUUAGGAAUCACAUUUGCAGAUGAGAACGGAACUUUACCACCAGAUACCUGUACAUGGCAGUUUAAUUUUAAAUUCAAUUUGGGAGGUGAUAUGUAUGCACAAGAUUCCAUUGACUUAUUGACAAAAUCUGGUAUCGAUUUCAAGAAACAUGAAGAUUAUGGUAUAGAUGUAGAACACUUUGGUGAAUUGUUGAUAAGUUCUGGAUUUGUAUUGCUGGACGAUGUUAAAUGGAUAUCUUAUCAUAGUGGUUAUGAUUUUGGCUAUCUGCUUAAAGUGCUCACAUGUUCUCCUUUACCCGCCGAGGAAUCAGAGUUUUUUGACCUGUUGAGAACAUAUUUCCCCUGUAUAUAUGAUAUAAAGUUUCUUGUGAGAAGUUUUAAAAAUUUAAAAGGUGGUUUGCAGGAUAUUGCAGAUGAUUUACAGGUUACCCGAAUUGGUCCCCAACAUCAGGCAGGUAGUGAUAGUCUUUUGACAGCGACGACCUUUUUCAAAAUGCGUCAAACGUUUUUUAAUGACAAGAUUGAUGACACGAAAUAUCUUGGUUACCUAUAUGGAUUAGGUACAACAACGAAUGUUCCAAAUGUAAUGAUUGGAACGCCGCCAAUUUUAAACAAUAACGUUUCAAUCGUUAAUUCAAUAGUAAUAAUCAUAAUAGUCCCACUACCAACACUAUUUCUACCAACAUUAUCACAAUCAAUCCCUCCAACAAUUCAACCAGCAGCAAUUCUAACAAUACAACAACCACAAACACUAAUGGUACAUCAACUCCAAUAA